GACCAGGAGCUGAAGGAUGCGGCUGAGGAUGCUAAGGAGCGUGGUCAGUGGGGUGGCAAGCUGGACUUCCUUCUCUCCUGCAUCGGCUAUGCGGUCGGCCUGGGUAAUGUCUGGAGAUUCCCCUACCUAUGCUACAGAAACGGAGGAGCUGUGUUCCUCAUCCCCUAUAUUGUUAUGUUGGUACUUGCCGGACUUCCCCUCUUCUUCAUGGAACUUGCCUUUGGUCAGUUCAGUUCCCUCGGCUGUAUCACCGUCUGGAGGGUCAACAAGCUGUUUAAAGGUCUGGGCUGGGCUAUGAUCACGGUGUCCUCGCUGGUCAGUGUCUACUACAACGUGAUCAUCAUGUACGCGCUCUUCUACCUGUUCGCGUCCUUCACCUCGGAGGUUCCCUGGCAGGAAUGUCAGGAACCCUGGGCAUCCAGCACCUGUCUAAAGCUUCAGAGGAUCCAGGACUACGAGACAGACUUCGAAAAGCUGUCGUCCAUCACAGAUCGGUACAAUAUGUCGUGCACGGCAGACACUUUACCAAUGGUCAAUGUGUCCGUGAACGGGUCUCUGCUAUUGGACACAAUGAUCAGCGACACCAACAUAACCCUGGACAACCCAGCACUGGCAAACUUCACCGUUGAUAAACUAAGAAUAGACCUGUUGCCGAAUGUUACCUUACUCCUUGACAAUUUACCGGCACCUAACGCCACCGUUGGAAACACGGUCUACUACAUUCUCAGGGAAUAUCUUUCAGCUUGUAAAAACAAAAUUACUUCGCCGAGCUCCGAUUUUUGGAGCUAUUACAUGUACGAGCUGGAGGAAGGCAAAGGGAUCGAAAGCCUAGGAACGGUCAAAUGGCAGUUGGCCUUGACCUUGCUCCUAGCCUGGGUCAUCGUGUUUCUGUGCCUAAUGAAGGGAGUGAAGUCCUCAGGAAAGGUCGUGUACUUUACAGCCACGUUCCCGUAUUUGGUACUGGUCAUUCUGUUGGUCCGAGGGGUCACUCUUGAUGGUUACACGAAAGGUAUAGAGUUCUACAUCAUUCCAGACUGGUCCAAACUGGCCAAUCCGAAGGUGUGGGCAGACGCAGCCACGCAGAUUUUCUACUCACUGGGGCCAGCAUUUGGAGGAUUGAUAACGUUUGCCAGUUACAACGAGUUCAACAACAACUGUCUCAGAGAUGCCGUGUUGGUCACCGUGAUCAACUGUGCCACGAGUGUGUUUGCUGGAUUCGUCAUCUUCUCCGUCCUGGGCUUCAUGGCCUAUAGCACGGAUCAGUUGGUGUCAGAAGUGGCAGCUGACGGACCGGGGUUAGCCUUUAUUGCUUAUCCAGAAGCCAUAGCCAAGAUGCCUGUAGCACCAUUGUGGGCUAUUCUCUUCUUCUUCAUGUUGCUGACUCUGGGUCUAGACAGCCAGUUUGGAAUGAUGGAAACGAUCAUCAGCGCCAUUUCCGAUGAGUUUCCGAACAUUCUCCGACAUCGAAAGAUGCUCUUGACAGCAGUUUGUUGCUCCGUAGGUUUUCUAGCUGGGCUUCCUUGUGUUACUCAGAGAGGUAUCUACGUCCUACAGCUAAUGGAUUGGUACUGCGCCAGUUAUUCUCUUCUCAUUAUCUCGUUUUUUAACCUGGUCGUCAUCAUGUGGAUUUACGGUUACCGAAGGUUCUCGCGAGAUAUUGAGAUGAUGAUAGGGAGCCGCCCUAACUACUACUGGGCCUCCAUGUGGUGUGUGAUCACACCCCUUGUACUCGUGUUUAUCUUCAUAUCAUCGGCUGUUCGGAACACUCCGGCCUCGUAUGGAGAUUACGUGUUCCCCGAAUAUGCUCAAGGCCUGGGUUGGGUUAUGAUGGCAGUGUCUAUAAUCAACAUCCCUAUCUUCUUCAUUUUCGAGGUCAUCCGUGAUAACGAACUGAUGAGCGCUAUUAAAGAAGCGAUGUCCCCGGCAAAGACAUGGGGUCCCGCCCUGCCAGAAAACCGGACGGGUGAUUAUGCCUAUACCAACAGUGCGUAUCAACCGGACGAGGUCGUGCUGGACACCGUGUCCAGUGACAACAUCACUGCUAACGGUCAGACGAAGGGUCAUCUCAACGGUCAAGCGAACGGCAAAGCCAACGGUCAAGCUAAUGGGCAGAGCCCACCAGAGUAUCCAGGAGAACCAGCAAGAUUUUCUGCUUUAGACCGAGCGGAAGAAGCAGACACGCACAUGUAGAGAAGGAUAAAGAUGUCUCGAAGUUUACCUGCUCAUUUAUCAAUCAGCAAACUGUUCAUAUAUGCAGAUUUACAGCAAAAUGCGGUCUGGUGUAAAAUACCAGGGCUUUAUAACUUUAAUGUCCACAGCUUUAUGAGAACCAGUAGUUCCAGAAACUUUCAGUUACACAUUCCAUAAAUUUUGUUUUAGAAAAUAUACAUAUCGAGAACUCGUGUCAAAAUACUCAAGUUUUAUCCAGGUAUACUAUAUGUAGUUUUGUCAUGUGCGGUUUAACGCAUUGCUAUAUCCGUUGAUAUGAAUACGUUAGCCUUUAGUGGCAAUUUCGAGCUUAUAUCAAUGUUUGCGUUUUCGGAAUUUAAUAUUUCUUUUCCUCGUUCCAAUACAGCCCGGAUUCUCCCCAUAUUUUUUUUUACAGAUGAGCCAAGCUCUAAAUACUCCAUCCGUAAAUUUUAGUGUAAAUGUAUUUAAGAUGUAUACAAAAUUUAAGUGAACAAUACUGACUGACAAAUCUAUCGGGUAUAUUCCAUAGUAGAAUGAGUUCAGGGCUUCCUUAUAUAUUUCAGGCUUCCACCAUUUAGCCACGUGAAUGACACGUGAUCAUGAUGCGGUAAAUUAUCAGGGAGUUUGUUUAUGACUACCGUGGUAUUACAUAUCUGAAAUAAUUUUUGUGAUGUUUAUAUUUCUGUAAAAAUUACCAGUUGUGUUUCCUUUAUAUAUACUUUUAUUUGAUCAUGUAAAGACUUUUUCAUAUUUUUGAAUAAAAUAAUGAAUAAGCAA